AUGAGAUCUAAGUUGUUCAAGUAAAUUUAUAAUAUUUUUAGUGCAAUUUAUUAAGUUUUGUAAUUUGAUAACCAAUCUAUUUAUGUUACCAUGACUCUCUCUUUUAUACAGAUGUUUUAAUUAAUUUAUUUAGCUUUCGCUUUAAAAACUUCAUAUUUAUGGAAUAACCCUUAUAUAACAGAAAUAAUUACUUAAUUUUUAAGGUAAAUAAAUAAAAGUGAUCAAGUAGCUAUUUUACAAUUAUGUUGCAUAUUGUUAAUACUGAUUUCUCAAUAUUUUUAGCCCUUUUGUAUUUUUUCUUUUCCAUUGUGCUUUUAACGAUUAUGUUAUUAUUUUUGGUGGGUAUAUUAGAUAAAGAUGCCCCAUUAAUUUUAAUUAAGAUGCUUUGUUAUUUGUUGAAAUUUUUGUUGACUAUAGGUUAUUUUCCACUGAUGUAAAUAUUUUUUGGAGUAAGUUUUUUAGAAAAUAAUAGUUUUUGGCUUGUCAUGAUAAAAAUGGAGUUUAAGUAAUGGUGUAUUUGGAUUCUCAAGUUUGUUGGACUUUAGAAUAUAGUAUCCAUGCUAUUUUUGCUGUAUUUAGUCUAAUUUUGAGUUAAGCUUUAAUUAGCGUAGUUUCAUUAAUUUGCUAUUAAUCAAAAAAAACUUAAACAAAUGCUUUUUCACAAAGAACUGGUAGACCUUACUCUUUUUAUCAUUAUUGUAUUCUAAUAAAUAUAAUGACAUAUUAAUUGUUAGAAACUCCUUAAUAUAUUUCAUUGAUUUUAAUUGUCUUUUUAAUUAAUAGUUAUUUGUUAUUCUAUUUAGUUAAGUCUACUUAACCAUUUCAUAAUAAAAAUAUUUAAACUCUAUGGGUUAUAAUAACUGCUCUUAAUUUUUGGACUUCAUUAAUGCUUACCUUUGCUGCUAUUUUAGAAGGAAAUUACUUUAGAAAAUCUUUAUAUGCAUGGUUAAUUGGUAUACCAUUUCUUACAAUAAUUAUAAUAAGAGAGCCAUCUGAAUCAGUUGAUUUAUUUGAAGCUAAUAUUCAUCCUCAUGAAAGUGGUGAUGACAUUAUAUAGUUAUGUGAAUAUUUAUUAGAUAUGAUAUAGAAUGCACAUAAUGAUCAAUAUCUUUAAUUAGAAUUAGAUGCUUAUAUUGAAGUACAUAAACAUGCAUGUCCAAAAUAAGAUUGCGUUCUUAAAGCUCGCUAAAAAACAGAAAAAAAGAAAUCUAUUAGAUAAGGUAAUUAAAUUUUGUUGGAUGUAAUAAAUUAAAUAUUUUUUUACGGAAUAAAGUCUUUUCCUACUGAUAUUCAUUUAAGACUUCAUUAUGCUUAUUUUUUAAUGGAUUACUUGAAGUUAAAGUAAUUAGCUUUAACUGAAUUAUAAUAAGCAGAAUAAAAUAAUGUUAGCUUUGAUUUUUCUUUUAUUAUAUUUAGAUUUAGGAAGAUUAUAGAAGAAGAUUUACAAUAAUAAUAAUAAGAAAGUUCUAUACAUUUGGAUGUUUCAAAUGAGAUGACUUUUUUAGCAUAGAGUAAAUAGUUAAUGAAUAUGGUUGAAAGAACUGCAUUAUUAUUUAUAGAUUUUUGGUCUUAAUUAUAAGAGGAAAUGCCAGAUACUGGAAAACUACUUUAUCUUGGUAUUAAGAUAUAAUAGUUUUCUUAAAUAGUUGAAGAUUAAUGGAAGAGAAUUAAGAAACUGAAUUAAAAACAUAUGAAAUUAUACAUAUUAAUGGGUAAAUAUUAUAAAUAUGUAUGGAAUGAUGAAAUAAAGAGUUAAUAAAUGUUUGAUAUAGAAAAAAAUAAUAAGAAUUCUGAAUUUAAAGGAAUAUACAUAAUGGAUGAAAUGGGGAAUUCUUUUUAAGCAAUUUUAGUUUGUUAAACAGAAGGGGAAUAAUUAGGAAUUAUACAAUCAAUAAAUAAGGCAGCAUGUUCUUUAUUAGGAUAUACUAAAACAGAUCUUAUAGGUAGACAUUUAAAUAUAUUACAACCAGAAAUGUAAAAUAUAAUAAUUAUUUAAGUUAUUCAAAAUGGCAUACAAGUAUAAUGACUAGAUUUCUUGAGAAUAGUGAUUUGAAUUAAAUACAAGAAGCCAAAGAAUAAGGAUGCAAAGUAAUUUUUGUAAAAAAUAAAGCUCAUUAUUUAAUUUAAUGUACACUUUAAGUAAAAAUUAUAUAAACAUAAAAUCAAGAAAUAUAUUUAAUGGCUUAAUUAUCAUAAGAUGUUUAAUUUAAACCAUAUUGUUAUAUUUUAUGUUAAUCUAAUGGAUAAAUUGAGAAUAUUAAUUCAAUGUGUAUUAAAGUACUUGGGAUAGAUAAUAAGAUUAUAGAAAUGAAAAGAUUGAAUAUUAAUGAUCUUUUUCCAAAUUUCAUGGAUGUAAAAGAAGAUUACUAAACUAGAUAAGGAGAUAAAUUAAUAUACACACCAUCUUCUAAAUUAUCAAAGGAUUUAGAUUUUAUAAAGUAUAGUUCAGAAAAUAUAUAACUCGAUUUACAUGAAUAAACUGUUUUUAAUUGUUAAGUUACUGAAAUAUAAUUCAAUACUUUAGCAUCUGAAAAUAUUGAAAAUAGAGUGUUUGGAUAUAUUGUAAGAUUGGAUUAAAUAAAACCAUAAUCAAAUGGAUUAUAAGUAGCUAAAAAAUUGUUGUAGUAACAAUUAUGGUUUAAAUUCAUACCUUAAAAUACAUAUUGUUUAGAAAAGGUGAAUAUUACAGAUACUUUUGAUAAUUCCAUAAAAUUUGACUCUAGUAUCAUAUGGGAAAGUGCUUAAAAGUAGUCUGAAGAAACGAUAACUUAAGAAUAAAUCAAAUAAUAAGAGGAAAUCAAAGGAUUAGCAUAAGGUAUUAGAACUGUACGUCUUUUAAGAGAUAAAUUAGUUGAUAUUGAUGAUUAAUAAUAAGAAGAAGAAGAGGAAGAAUCUUAAAAUAAUUAAAUUAUUUAAUCUUACUAAGAUGAUUUAGAUGAAGAAUAAAGUGUUUUAUAGUUGAAUUAAAAUUACUCAUCUAAAUCUUUAAUUGAAACUGAAAUCAAAUAAUCUUUAUUACCAUCAAUCAAUAAUAAGAUGUAAAUAUUUAUAAAUAUAAUAUUAUUAAUAAUAACAAUCUGUAUAUUUACAGAAUACUUUUUGGCUAAUAAAUUGAAUGAAGAACUCUAAUUAAGUAUUCCAUAUUUAAGGUAAAAUAAUGAAAGAGUGGCAAUAUUUUUAUUGAUAUAAUCUGUAAUAUAAGAUUUAAAAUUUUUAAAUUAUUAAUUUCUUCCAUUAUAAUAAAGACUUACUAAUAAUACUUUUGUAUAAAUUUAAAGAAAUAAUUUUAAAAUUAAUUUAGCUUAAAUUGAGGAGCUAGAACAAAACUUAACUUUGGCUGAUGUAACAUUUAUUUAGGAAUAUGAAAAUUAUGAAUAAUAAUUUAAAAGUCUUAAUGUGUAAAUGAAAAACUUUUACGGUGAUUUAUAAAACUAUAGUCUAUCAGAAACCAUAUAAUAAUUAGUUUCAAUAGCCAUAAAAUUAAAUAAUUCAGACUUAACAGAAUUUAAUGAUAAAAAUCCAUUACUAUUUUAUUUUGAAUAUAAUUCCUACAAUUCAUUAGCACUUGCCUAACAUGUAUCCUAAGAUUAUUACUAUUACAAUAUCUAUUCAAGAACAUAAAUUUUAGAUAGAAGUUUACAUAUUUUUUUAAUAAUAACUUCCUUCAUGGCUUUUAUAUUGUAAGUAUAUUAUAUAUAUACUUUAGAUUUUUGGUUUAAUUAUGUUACUUUUAUCAAAUUUAUCAUAAUAAAUUAGAAAUCAUACAAUUAUUUUUAGAUGUUAAAGAAAAUAAAAUAAAGUAGAUUUAUAACAAUUGCGAAUUGUUUUUGACAGAUUUAUAAAUUGGAGAUGAUGAUGUAAAAAUAAUUUAUAAAGAAAGAUUAUAUCUGAAACAGAAGAGAAACCAGUUGAAAAAAAUGAUGAUGCUGCUGUGUUAAACUUUAGACCAAAAAGAAGGAAACAUAAAGAUUCUAGUAAAGAAUUUCAAAAUCAAUUGUUCAUAUCAUUCUUAUUAAAUUUACUAAUUUUCUUAUACUUUCUCUUUUUACAUUAUUAAGUUGAGAUUAUAGUUCAUCAAAUUUAACAGAUAUUACCUGUUCUUAAUAUUACUAGUGCUGCAGAAAGUUUUAAUAGAUUUGCUGAUAAUGCAUUACGACAAUUUAUCUAUGAUCCAAAUUAUUUAAUCUAUAAUAAAAAUGGAUUAGAUGAAGUUAGAUAAAUCACAGUUGAAUUAUAUGAUAUAGAUGCAGAGAUACAUAAAUUACAUACUGAAAUAUGGGAUUUGUUGGAAGAUUCAUACAAAUCUGCUUUCUUUAGCAUUUUUAUUAAUAAUCCUUGUUCUAUUAUAGCUUCUAUUGAAAGUUCUGUACCUGAAGAUGUUUGUAAUACAUUUUAUGGUGGUAUAAUGUAAAACGGAUUAUCGAUUGGAAUAACUAAAUUUGUUGAAGAUCUAAGAUAAACCUUACGAAAUUUUGAAAAUCGUAAUAUAAGUUCUCAAUAAAAUUUUAAUUUGACUGAUGAUGCUGAUUUAAAUUCUAGAAUGAAUUUAUUAAAUACAAUUCCUAUGACUUCAAUGAGAAGAAUGCAAAAAAUAUUCAUUAGAGCAUGUUAUCGAUAUUUAAUUUNA